CCGGCGGAAGCUCCUCCUUGUUAGCCUUAGCUCUUAGCUCCGUGGAGGACGGCAUCGGGAGAAAGUGCAAAACGGUGGAGAAAAGCUGCUCAAGGGGCGAGAUGAGCGCGGACGGGGACCGCAGAGGACCGCGGUGACCGGACACCGAGUGUGUCGCCCUAACACAAUUGCCGCUUUCCGGUGGAUCAUGCAAACUUUCCCCCGUCGACUUUGCCGUUACGCCGCCUGACACAUGAUGGGGUUCGGUCGGGAUCUAAGGAAUUCCCAUGAGGGAUUACUCAAACUGCAGGAUUGGGAAUUAAAGCUGCUGGAGACGGUCAAGCGUUUCAUGACGCUGCGCGUGAAGAGCGACAAGGAGUACGCCGCCCUGCUGCUCAGCUUGACGCAGCAGGUGGAGAAACAGGAAGCGGCCGACUACGUCAGCACCGUCAGCAAGUCGUGGUCGCAGGUGGUGCGUCAGACGGAGGCGCUGGGUCGCGUCAUGCGGGGUCACGCCGAUGACCUGAACUCGGGUCCGCUGCACCGCCUCGCCACGCUCAUCAGAGACAAGCAGCAGGUGAAGAAGAGCUACCAGAGUCUUCAUCAGCAGCUGGAGAGCCACAAGCACAAGGUGACCAGGAGCGACCUGGACAAGCUCAAGUCGACGUAUCGCCAGUUGAGCCGCGACGCCAACAGCGCCAAGGACAAGUAUCGGGAAGCUCUCACCAAAGGCCGCGAGGCGGAGCGCGCUCACGAGCGCUACGACAAAGCCACGGCCAAGCUCCACAACCUGCACAACCAGUACGUGGUGGCCGUGUGCGGGGCGCGCGCUGCGCAGGAAGAACAUCGCCGGCGCGCGGCGCCCGCGCUCCUCGAUGCCCUCCAAAGGAUGCAGGAGGACAUGACGCUGGCGCUGAAGAACAUUCUGGAAGAGUACUGCGAGAUCAGCAGUCUGCUGACUGACGAGGUCGUCAAAGUCCAUCGCGAGAUUUCUGCGGCGGUGCAGCAGAUCGACCCGCUGGCCGAGUACCAGCACUUCAUCGAGGCAUACAGGUCUCCCGAGAGCCCCGAGGCCAGCGUGGAGUUCGACGCGUCGCUGCUGGACGAGGCGGACCACCUGUCGGCCGACGAGAUCCUCUGGAACACGCUGACGGCCGACGGUCUUCGGGCCAUGUUAUCGUCUGCCACGGAGGAGUUGGCGCUGACUCAGCAGAAUCUGAGGACCAAAGAGGCCCUGGCGGACGACCUGGACGCCAAGAUCAGCAGUGGCCAGCAGAACGCGGACAGGAAGUCCGACUGCGUGCUCCUCCUCAGUCAGAAGCUGUCCCUCCUGGAGCUGCGCCAAAGCGUCCAAUCGCUGCGCAGCUCCGAAGCCCGCCUCUCCUCCCAGAAGGCCUUGCUGGACGCCACGAUGGCGGACGCCCCGCCGCCGCCGCCUCCUCCUCCGCCGCCGGCUCCGCCCUACGAGGACGACAGCCGCUCGCUGGGCUCGGCCGAUAGAGGCAAGGAGAAGAGCUCUCGCUUGGACACGCUGCGUCACUCGCUGGCCGGAAUGAUCCGCUCGCCAAAAGCCAUGUUGGCCUCCUCGUCCUCGCAUUUCUUCGACGUCGUCCCGUCGUCGGAGCGCCCCCUGGCGGAGCAGGAGUGGUACCACGGCGCCAUCCCGCGCACAGAGGCCCAAGAGCUGCUUCGGCAGCAGGGUGACUUCCUGGUGAGGGAGAGCCACGGAAAACCGGGAGAGUACGUCCUGUCCGUUUUCUCGGACGACCAGCGGCGACACUUCAUCAUCCAGUUUGCCGAUAGUCAGUACCGCUUCGAGGGGACGGGCUUCGCCACUAUCCCGCAGCUCAUCGAGCACCACUUUUCCACCAAGCAGCUCAUCACCAAGUCCGGCGUGGUGCUCCUCAACCCCGUCGUCAAGGACAAAAAGUGGAUCCUCAACCACGAGGACGUGGCGCUGGGCGAGCUGCUGGGCAAGGGCAACUUUGGCGAGGUGUUCAAGGGGACGUUGCUGCGAGAUAAAACGCCGGUGGCUGUCAAAACCUGCAAAGAAGACUUGCCUCCGGAACUCAAGAUCCGCUUCCUGUCAGAGGCCAGGAUCCUGAAACAGUACGACCACCCCAACAUCGUCAAGCUGAUCGGCGUGUGCACUCAGAGGCAGCCCAUCUACAUCGUGAUGGAGCUGGUUCCAGGCGGCGACUUCCUGUCCUUCCUCAGGAAGAAAAAGGACGAGCUGAAGACCAAGCAGCUGCUGCGCUUGGCCGUGGACGCGGCGGCGGGCAUGGCCUACUUGGAGAGUAAGAAUUGCAUCCACAGGGAUCUGGCGGCCAGGAACUGCCUGGUGGGCGAAGGCACUUUGCUGAAGAUCAGCGAUUUCGGGAUGAGUCGCCAGGAAGACGACGGCGUUUACUCGUCGUCCGGACUCAAGCAGAUUCCCAUCAAGUGGACCGCGCCGGAGGCGCUCAACUACGGUCGUUACACCUCCGAAAGCGACGUGUGGAGUUACGGCAUCCUGCUGUGGGAAACCUUCAGUCUGGGGGUGUGCCCUUACCCGGGGAUGACCAAUCAGCAGGCCCGUGAGCAGGUGGAGAAAGGUUACCGGAUGGCGUGUCCUCAGCGGUGCCCAGACGACGUGUACAAGGUGAUGCAGCGCUGUUGGCAGUACAGCCCGGAAGAACGACCCAAGUUCGCCGAACUGCAGCGAGACCUGGCCGCCAUCAAGAAGAAAUGAUGGGGCCUCCUUAUUUGGUGCUGGUGGGCGCUUUUUUUUUUGCGCGUGUGGCAUUUGAACACUACAAAUGUUAGACGUGGACAUCUUUGCGCGGCACUGCUGCCGCGCUGCUACCAAAUGGCGUUAGCGCCAGCUGCCGUGACUCCCGUCAGCAAAGGGGAAUCAAACAGGAAACGUGCGCGCUUUCAUCAAUAAUUACAACAAAAUAAAAUCAGUUAGAAUGUUAUUUUCACAUGAAA